CUCUCUUUACACUUUAGUAAGCUAUUAAGACAUGUGACUGUAAAUCAAUAUUUUGAUAUUAAAGAACUCCUUUGGGAAAUCAGGAUAAUUGCAAAGAGGACUGUGAAGCUUUUCCAGAUUAUUCCCAAUUCGCUUACAACCAUACUAAACAUUCAUUUAAAAAGUAGUGGCGUGGAUAGACCACAGCUAUUUUGACAUAAAUCAGCUUCUUAUUUAGUACAGUACGUAGCAGUCUGUGUGAUUUGGGUCGUAGCCCAGACUGGAUGUAGACACUGGAUUAAGCUCCGUCCCUGCUCUUUCACACAUCAGCAUAAUUUCCCUCAGCGGUGUGGGGAGCGAACCUCGAGCUUUUGUGUCUUUUCUCUCGUUACGAGGCGUCCCGGUGAGCGCGUGGCUGCUGUACUACGCUGUGAGGAAGGCGCGUGCCGCGGUCAGAUUCCUACGCUACCGUAAGCAUCCUAUGGUCUUCUGGACAAAAUGGCGGAACCGAGCACGGAAAAGGACGCUAUAAAGACAACCGAGGACGAUCAUCUUAACAAUUCACUAGGAGACAGUGGCUUGAUCUCCCCUGACAAAGAGAAUAUCUCACGAAUCCUGACAGUGCCGUUCAAAGGCCGGAUCAGAGGAGGUAUGAGGCCUGGGAAGAAAAUCAUAGUCAUGGGCAUAGUGGAUGCAGAACCAGAAAGCUUUGAUGUUAGUCUGACCUGUAGCUGCAACACAGAGAAGGAUGAGGAGGAGGUUACAGAUGUGGCCCUGAAACUUAGUGCCCGAUUCCAUCAACGGCAGUUCCUGCGGAAUGCAAGGAUUUCUGGGAAAUGGAGUGAAGAGGAGGGAACCAUUCCAUAUUUCCCCUUCAUCCAGGACCAGCCAUUCAGGAUUGAAAUCCAUUGUGAACACCAGCGUUUUAGGAUCUUUGUCGAUGGGCAUCAGCUGUUUGACUUUUAUCACAAAGUAAAGGCUUUGCUGACCAUUGAUAUGAUAAGGAUAGACGGAAGUCUGCAGAUUACCAAGCUAGGUUAAUCGAGCACAGCGGCACACAUUCCAGAGUGGACUUCUGACAGGUGACCAAACAUACCUUUGUCUGGUAAUAUUUUUGAAGGCCUAAGAGGUUCUGCUUCAUCAAACACAUUGUGACUACCUACAUUCCUUCACACUGUACUUUUUCUUCCUGUAUCCCAUUUUCUGUCUGCACAUUUUUGUAGGUUGAUGCGUAAUGUGACUCAGUUUAUAAAAUGAAACAAGCCUAGUUGUCUCGACAGCUUGAGAGACCUUGUGUAAUUACUCAAUAUGGUACACACCUUAAAUCAUGUUCAGUAGCUUCCACCCAAGUGGAAGGUGUGUGUGUGUGUAAAACUGCUUUUUAUUGCAACAAUUCAUUUUUCUGGGAUAAAUAUCCUGCACUGACUUUAUGCCAAAUGUAGUACAUUGUGGAAUAGGUGUUUUAAUACUGUCAUUGGAAAUGGUGGCAGAACUAAUUGGUUUACAACAAGCCACUGCAAAUUUUAAUGAACAGCCAAUGACCAUUUAACUGAAAAUCGUAGGACAGGUAUUUGGUUAAAUAGCUAUUUCAGAAUCUACACAAAUUUCACAUUUUUAGUCAUGUUUUGUACAUUUAAAAAAAAUCACCUGCUGUUUACAACCUCUCAUUUGAGCUUAGUGAUGAUAAUAAUAAUGGUAAUAAUAAUGAUUGUAUUUUAAUUAAUUAAGAAUGUAACAUCCAUGCUGAUAACUUGGCUGAUAAGGAGAAAAUGGAGAAAAAGAUAUAGAGAAUAGCAGGCUCUAUCACAUUCUGUUCCCCUAAACCCUCAUGUCAUUCCUUACAAAAGCAAAUUUUUUUGUGUCCUAAACUGUGUCAUAUAUUCAAGAUGUCUUUGUAAUUUCCUUCCUCUCAUUAGAACAUUUAGUACAAUGUUGCUUUUUCCCCAGAUGGAAGGGCAUAUGUUCGCACAACUGUGCACUUAUUACCCCAUGCCUGCAUACAUAUAGUUGUAACAUGACAAUUAUGGUGAUUAUUACCACCAUUUGUGAGUUGUUAAUUAUAUCCCAUAACAAGAGCACUCUCUGAAUCUAAUUUCUUGCUAUGCAGAGGUGCAAAAGGACAUUAUUUGUGUCUCUUUCCAGGUCUCAAGUAUAAAGGUUGAUAUCUUCAGUAUACUUUCUGUAUCGGGAUUUUACUCAAGUAUUUCAUUAUAUAUUUUGACUAAGCUUUGUCAUUAUUUAAGUGGCUACAGGAAUGUGAAAUUAAAUAACGAGUACAAGAUAAAAUAAUUGAACUCAUUAAGCUCUGGUGAGCCUUUCUUCACAUUCUUGAACUCGAAUGAGACUCUAAAUUAAAUGAAUUCCAACAGCAGAUAACAGAAAAAAGCACCAGGCCUGAGAUCUCAAAAAAAAAAAAACAUUAUAAAGCUAUGAUUUAGCUGUGCCUAUACUGAUUAUUUGCUUUAUUUAGAGGUUUUACCCUGCAGGUGCUAAGACUACAUAUUAAAUCAACCAUGCUGUUUUAAAAAAAGUAAUGUAGCAUUUGUUGAAUUGGUGCUCCGCAAAAUAUUGUCUUAAAUGCGUCCAAAACAAAAUCAUAGCUACUGGUCACUUAGCAAUAUGAGAAUACUGCCAUUGUUCAGGCCACACUUUUGAUUCACUUUUUUACUAGCUAUUUAAAUAUAGCUCUUCCAGAAGAAGAUACUAGAUAAAACUGUAAUGCUGAAGAUGGACAUGUCUCUUUCAUUUGGAAACUUUAUCUUUUACAGUAUAGUAAUGGUUUCUGUUGUUGCACGUUAUUUAAAGAUGUCUGUAGCCACACCCCAAGACAUUCUUUCCUCCGAAAGUAAGGAAAGAUGUUAGAUGUUGAUGGCUAAGAGAAGACAUUUAUACAUAGUUACAUUUAAGUAAUAAAUUUGAUUACAUUUGUAUUUAUUUAUUUAUUUGUUCAAUGCAGGGGAUACGUUCAUAGAUAAAAUAUCUACUGUAAAACAUAUGUGGAACUGAUUGUCAGGAAAGUUUUUUAAUAAUCAAUACAAUAUCACAAAAAGCCAACACAAUACGCCUAAAUGUAUUUUGGCUGUUCUAGUUGUUUAUGUUGUGAGUUUCCAUCUGGUGCUGUUUAUUUUGCUGCUUGAACAACUCCUAGAGCAAUGGAGAGGGAGCAAACUGACAUGAAAAUAUUACUAUAACCUAAAGAAUAACCCAGAUAUAAAAGCAUUUACUGUAGCUGGCCCUCUUUUCCCCAUUCAUCAACAUUUAGGUCUAAUGCUAAAUGUCAGGCUCCUUAUGAUCCUGAUUAGUCUCUAGGGUUUACAGAUGGAUAUAAUUUGUGCUUAAUGUUACAUUGCUUUUCAAAUGUAAUGUAAGAACUCUUUGACCAGAUUCAAAUGGAUUGAAUUAGAUGAUACUGUUACAGGCUGUACACUAAUCUGUUUACAAUAUUGGAUGUAUAUUGUUUUGAUCAGGGUUAAUUUACUAUGUAAUGUCAUUAAAAGAGUGCUUGUGUGUGAGAGAUAUUUAAUCCAACUGUUUCUAGAUUAUGCCAUUAUACAUUUUAUACCAUAGAUUUCUUAAACAUUGCAUAACAUAUGCAUAACAUAUCUAAUCUGAGAAUGUGUAGUUUGCCAUUUCACUAGUGUGAUACAGAAUCUAAUGUAUCAGUUGUUUGAUUUGGGGAUUAUUUCAUAUGUAUAGGUGCAGUGGCCUAUUACAUCAAUUGCUAGCUUGUGGGGUCAGUCAUGUUUCUUGUGGUUGUAUAAUCAACUGAAAAAUUGUGUAUACACUGGCUCUUUUUUGUUUCUGUAUUUGCAUUUUUAUUUUAAAAUGUGCCUAUGAAAUUAUGACAAUGGAAUUUGGAAUCAAAAUUUUUCCAAAAUCUUUCACUGAUUGACUUCUUCAGCACUUUCCAAAAUGUGCUUAAAAUGUGUGAGUGAUUACUCUGAAAUUUCGUAAUGUAUAAGCAAUUUAUAAUGUAUGAGCGGCUGUUGUAGAAAAUUAAAUAAAACCCACAACAAACACCUGACUAAGCAAUACGUUUGACUAAAAAAUAAAAGUUUCAAUGCCUAAAAUA